AUGAACUGUAGCAUUGUUGACACUGACGAGUUUGAGAAGAGCUGGCUGCUCCUGGCCGACAUUUACAUCCAGUCAGGGAAAUACGACAUGGAAGGGGACCUCUUGAAAAGAUGUCUUCGCCUUAAUAAGGUCAAUGUUGGGGGGGGGGGGGGGGGGGGGGGGUAGCAAAGAGCCAUACUGUAAUAGCAAAGAGCCAUACUGUAAUACCCUUGAUCAAAACGAUUCAGAAUGAAUUUUAGUCACUCACAGUAACAGUCAUUGUUCAUUUUCACAGUCAUGCUGUAAAGCUUAUGAAUACAUGGGCUACAUUAUGGAGAAGGAGCAGGCAUUCCAGGAUGCAGCGCUGAACUAUGAAAUGGCCUGGAAAUAUGGCAAUCAAACGAACCCCACUAUAGGUAUGUUUAAGGACUUUUUUUAUAUGCUGCUGCCAUUUUAUUUUUGAAAUAAUGUGAAUAUACAACAGUACAUUAAUAUGAGUAUAUGUUUGUCCCAGGGUACAAGCUUUCAUUCAACUACCUGAAAGCAAAGAGGCAUGUUGAUGCCAUAGAUGUCUGUCAUAUGGUAGGUUAAAAUCAUAAGAUGAAAUAAGAUGUGUGUUAAAAUGCAGUUUGUUUACAUGUUGACAUUGGAUAACAUCAUAUACAUAAACAAAAUGUUCAUGUUUUCUUUAGGUUUUGGAUGCUUAUCCCAAUUAUCCAAGGAUGAGGAAGGACAUCUUGGAGAAAGCUCGGGCAGCUUUG